UCCUUUCUCCUUCCCACCUCCCCCAACCCCAACCAGUCCUUCCUUCCUUCCUACCCAAGAACCCUCCAAUCCCACACCACUUUGCUCCAAUCCGCCCCCAAUUCUUCCCACGAACUUUCCGUCGGCACCAGCGCGUCGCCUCCACCACCCCGGAUCGGAAGAGAGCCCGCCGCCGGUGCUCCUUGCCGCUGAAUCUCGCGGGGAGUCCGCCCAGAUUCGGAUUUAGGGUUUUUCGACGCGGUCGCGGUGGCGCGUUUACUCGGCCGCGUGGAAAUGUCGGCGGCCGUGGCGUGCGCCGAAAGGGCGACCAGCGACAUGCUGAUCGGCCCCGACUGGGCCGUCAACAUUGAGCUCUGCGACAUCAUCAACAUGGAUCCCGGACAAUCAAAGGAUGCACUCAAGCUCCUAAAGAAACGCCUUGGGAAUAAGAAUUCGAAAGUUCAGAUUCUGGCCCUUUAUGUGCUAGAGACUCUAAGCAAAAAUUGUGGGGAUAUUGUUUACCAACAGAUCAUUGAGCGUGAUAUACUAAGUGAAAUGGUUAAAAUAGUAAAGAAAAAGCCAGACUUAAACGUCCGGGAGAAAAUAUUGAGUUUGAUUGACACAUGGCAAGUGGCUUUUGGAGGUCCAUCAGGGAAAUAUCCUCAAUAUCACACCGCAUACCAAGAACUCAGGACAGCUGGUGUUGAUUUUCCACCUCGCGAGGAGAAUACAGUUCCACUGUUUACACCUCCUCAAAGUCAACCAUUGAGACAGCCACAUCUAUAUCCUCCAGGUCAAAGCUAUGAAGAUGUAGCUAUACAAGCUUCUCUCCAAUCUAGUGCCCCCGCUGCAUCUGCCCUGAGUCUAAGUGAGAUUCAGAGUGCUCGAGGAAUUGUGGAUGUGCUGGAUGAGAUGUUAAAUGCGCUUGACCACAGACACCCUGAGGGUGUGAGGGAGGAGGUCAUUGUCGACCUUGUUGGGCAGUGCCGAUCUUACCAUGCUCGUGUGAUGGAUCUUGUUAGUGAUACUGGCGAUGAGAGCCUUCUAUUUCAGGCUCUAGGACUAAAUGACGAGUUGCAGCGUGUUCUUCAGCGUCAUGAUGACAUUGCGAAGGGAGUUCCUCCCAAUAUACCAGUACCUGUUGCUGGUAACAUAAACCAAGGGGCAGCCCCUCGGCCUGCGGGGGUUUCAUUUUCCCCUCUUCUUAAUGUACACCAUGAGGAUGAUGAACCAGAAGAUGAGUUCUCUGUGCUUUCUCGCAGGUCUGCAAGGGACGGCGUAGCAGCACAGGGCAACCUGUCUGUUCCAAGAAAUGAAAGGCCAUACCCAAGCCCACUUCUUCCUCCACCACCGUCAACAAAAAGGCCUGUUUACACAGAGUCAAGCAGUGUUGACUAUCUAAGUGGAGACUCCUACAAGUCUGAAAAAGUGCCAGAUGAAUUUGUCAACCCGACGGCCCCAGCCAAUAUCUCGGCACCAUCUUAUUCAAAAAAAGAAAUGGACCAGCCACCAAAUUAUGAUAGUGUGCCUGAUGACUUCAUAAACCCAACUGCAGCUCCCAGCUUUUCUAUGCCUUCUCGUCCUACGAAUGAGUCGAAUAGUUCAUCUGUGAAUAAGCUUGAGAGCCUUCCUGACGAUGACUUUAUAAACCCCACUGCACUGCCUGGUUUUUCUUCGUCUUCAACUAAUGAAGAUCUUCCGAAAGCUCCAUGGGAAGCGCAAGCUCCAGUCUCUCUACCACCCCCUCCUGCAAGGUAUGGCCAAAGACAGCAGUUCUUUGAGCAACAACAUGGCUUUCCUGGUGGUAGCAAUGGGGAUGGCUAUGAUGAACUAAUGACACAGACAGGAAGCCUUUCUCUUAACCAAAGGAACACCGAGAAUGAGAAGAUUGCAUCAGUGUCGACCACAUCCCGCCAGCCCAAACCUGAGGAUUCCCUCUUCAAGGAUCUUGUUGAUUUUGCCAAGAAGAAUCCAUCUUCUCCAUCUAAACCAACCAACAGCCGCCGGACUCGCUGAGUGACCAGUGUUUCAGUCAUGUAACGCGCAUAAUUGAGUUGCCAGGCAACUGGUUAUGCUACAGGCUAGCGAGUUAGAUAUACCAUCAAAUAAGAGGGUUCAGACUGUUUUUCAUUGCCUUGGGAAUUAUUUGGUUUGCGCAUUGGAUAAAUAGAAUCACAGAUGUCAGAUAUUUAGUCAUGAUACUGGGUGUGGUGUGCAGUGAGUUGCUUUUGAUCUUUUUAUUUUCUUUUCUGGUAUUUGUUACUGCCUUUAUUUUACCUAGGUGUAUAUAUUACUCCAUUCGACAUCAAUAUUCAUAGUUGAGUUUGCAAUUUGAUA